UUCUCUCGGUGUGGGGCACAGCUGCCAGCAGCGGGCUGAGAUCUGCACUUUCCAGGAGCAGCGACUGCGCCAUGAGUCCGUUCAGCUUUCUGAGUGCCAUCAUCACCAGAGCUUUGUUCAUCCUGCUUUCACUGGUCGCGGUCUGGAGGGUGAUAUGGGUCAAAAAACAUCCGUACUACUGGCUGCUGACGUUGCUCUUUCUGCCACUUGUUGUUGAAAUGAUAAUAACACUGAGGAAGCGAAAAGGACUGGAUUACAAAUGGUUUUCUCCCACAAUUUUUCUGUUUCUCAUCAGUAUCAUUCCCUCUAUCUGGAUCAUGGAGCUCCACCACCAGCAGAACAGAGAGCAGGACAGCAAGUGCAAUUAUGAGUCUUUUGAACAAAUUUGGCAACCAAAGAAUGAAUCAUCAGAAAACAGCACAAUAAGCGAUAGUUUGAAGAGACUUCGUGACGUGUUGUCAAAUUUCUGCCAGGACAGCUGGAUCCUUGCUCUUCAUCAGAUUCUGCUCAUCCUUCUCAUCAUAGGGAAGUGGCUUCUCCCUUUAGGAGGCGGGAUCACAAGAGAUCAGCUGUCUCAGCUUCUGCUCAUUUUUGUUGGCACGGCGGCCGACAUCCUCGAGUUUAACAGUGAGACGCUGGACGAUGUAAAAGAGAGCAGUCGUGAGCUGGUCUACGUCAUUUUAGGUGUCUGGACUUGGAGCAUGCUGCAGUUCCCCUGUCAUCUGUGUGUGGUGGGGCCCAUGAACGGCGAGGCAGCCAAUGAGAGCAUCCAGGGAGACUCCCUCUGGUCCAAUCGCAGCACCGACCUGUGGAGCAUCGUGGAGAUUCUGUUUAUCCACGACGGCCCCUUCCUGGUGGUCCGGCUCAUUGUCAUGAUACAUUUUGGUACUUUUCACCAAAUGCUUGUUUUCUUUGCCUUUAAAAACUUCCUGGUUGUCAUCCUGAAUGUGUACAGGCUGUACAUUUUAUACCAUGACUUUAAGUUGUCCGUGCACAGCCCCGUGGGGGACAGCGCAGACUGAAGAGUCUCUGAUGAGUCAUUGCUGAGACGGGGUAAGAGACAAGGAAAAUAUCAGAUGUCAGACCCAAGAUGAUGCAAAGAUACAAAACGGGUAAAAAAUUUCAUGUGAAGCAGGAAAAGAAGUAAAUGUAUGCUUUCAUGUUUCCGUUUUAUACUUUAUUUAAGGCUUAAUUUCAUCUCGAUCCAAAAGAACAACAAGUUCAGAACAAAAACUCUGACCUCAUUCAUUUUGUAAUCAAAGGACGUUGUUGUUUGGAUGACUGAUAAUUGGUCAUAACAUUUCUUCUGGGCAAUGAAUCAUAGACCUUUGGAGAGUUUAUUUAUUUCCCUUUGAGUGGUGCCACAUUUAUCAGAAAAACAAAUUCUUGGGUCAAGCAGUCGAGUCUACCCAUUAAAAACUGCCAGUAUCCAAAAGCUUAUUCUGCUCUUGACUGGUGUUUGUUGUUUAUUAUUGGACUAGAUCACAAAAAUACAAGGAAUAUUUGCAAUUCAACAAUGCAUUUUUUUACAUUGAAGAAUUGCACACAACCACAACAAUGGGUGCCAUUCUGUUCUUUAACUAAUUUAGUUUGGGAUAUCAUUAAAUGCUGUCCAUUCCCAAACAUGUGAGGUAGUCAUGUCACCUGGGCCAAACUUUAAACUGGACUUACAGUGGCAGUAGCCCAGGGUCCCAUUCUUUUUUUGGGGGGAGGCCUCAAUUUCUUUUUUUAUAUGUUUUUUAAUGAAUGCAUGUUUUGCAGAUAUUGUACUUAAAACAUCAUGAAUUUUUUAGCAAUUUAUAAUAUGGAGCUCCUGGCCACUGACUUUUUAAACCUGUCAUUAUUGGUUUGUAUAAUCAGUUCAUAGUGUUGACAUGUUAAUAUGUGACGUCACGGGUUCAAGAUCCCGCACCACAGGCAGCUCCAUACCAGAGGGAAAGGUACUUCUUCACCUACUUCAAAUCAGACAAAAUUUGUGUCAAACGUUUGUGCUACAUUUGUGCAGCAAAAAUGACCUUUGUGCCACUUUUGCUUUGUAGAUAUUAAUGAAAGUUUAAAGGUCAAAAGGUCAACCAGCCCCCCCACUUUCAUAAAAUCAAACAAAAUUGGUGUCAUUCUACUCGGUUACGUUUGUUCUGGUGUGUGCAGCAAAAAUUUUCAUUUGUGCCGCCAUCAUUCUAAAGAUAUUAAGAAAAAUGUUUUCUAGGGGUCAUCAGAGGUCAAACACUCCUCUGCCCUCGCUCACAUUAAAAUUUAUUUUAUUUUAUUUUUAUUUAUUUUUUUAUUUAUUUGCACAAACUCAGCUUGGCUAAGUUCGUGCUUGUUUUGUACAACAAAAUUUUUCCUUUGUGCUGCUUUGACUUUGAAGAUAUCAAUGAAAGGUUAAACCUUCAUUCACAAACCACCACAACUGUAGUCGAGUUGAUUGACACCAAAUUUAUUUAUUUUUGCAAAUCUGAGCAGGGCCUGGGGAGUGUUUGAGCUCUGAUGACCCCUAGCUAACAUUUUUUUUUUUAUAUCUCAAGAAUGACGGGGGCACAAACGAAGAUUUUUGCUGCACAAAUGUAGCACAAACCAAUUUUGUCUGAUUUGAAGAAGGUGGGGGGCCAACUUCACUCAGGUUGAUAAAUAAAAGAAAAAGGGACGCACUAAUUGUCAACACUAUGACAACUAGAUAAAAAGAUUAGUGAAGGAGAAGGUCGUAGGUCAUUAAAGAUAGCAUGACUUUGAGAACCUGUGCAGUGGAAUUCGGUGUGCUUCGAUCCAGUAAAAAAAAAGCAACAACAAAAAAACAACUCUGACAGAUGUGGAACAGCGAUCACUUUUUAAUAGUCACAUUAAUAAUCGCAAAAUAAAAAUCGAAACCUGAAAAUAUAAAACUGUAACGGACUGCAUGUUCUGUUCUUUUUGUGGGAAAUGUUUGCAUGUUUUUGGUCUUGAAUCCCGGUACAUUCGUGGCAUUGUUAUCAGUUGUCAUGGCAACGAGUCUGUGUGUAGCUAAGCUGGCACGGAGGGAGAAAAAAACCAGUGUUCCUUAGUUGUUCUUCAAUGGGUUUUCUACAUUAUUUGUCCCUUUGCUGAGGCAGACUGCACUAAACUAAUAAUACCUACAUCUCCAGAUUUCCUUUAGUUAACAUAUAGGAUGUAAAAGAAUAAUCUUUUUGCCCUCAUUGUGGGCAUGCAAGAGAUUUCCGGAUGUAAACAAUAACAUUCAACAUGUCUAUAGAAUUAGCUGUACAUGCAUUAGCAAAAUAUUUUUCCUUUAGGGAGUAGAUCACCAAAAUGGUUUCCAGCCCAGGGGCAAAGCAUCCUUGUAAAUCUGGAACGGCAUGUCUCUUGUAUACUUGUAUAAUAUUACACUGAUAAAAAAAUGAUUCUGCUCUAUCUACUUAAAAAAAUUAAGGCAACUAUUUGCAUAAUUUCUUGAUGUUGAUCAAGCAAGAUUCUUUGUUUAAAGUACUUACUUAUUUCUUUACGUGAAAAAAAAUCCAAAUAAAGUUAACUUAAUUUUGUCAGGUAGAUUACGCAAAGCUAAACUUUGUAAAAGAAAAAAAAAGCUGUGGUUUGUAGGUUAGCAAAAUAACAACAGCACUAUUUUAUUAACCUACAUACAUUAAGAAAUCAUGGUGUUAUCAUUCCAUAUUUUAUUUUUUUAUCACAGAAUUCAGUUGUGCAAAUGUUCAAAUGGAGCAGAAAUGGAGUAACAUCUGGAAAUGUCCUGAAUGUUAAAGAUGAACUUAAUUUAACCAAAUUUUUUUUAAGUGGACAGAGCAGGAUAUUUUUAUCAGUGUACUUUAUAAUACCGCUGGCCCCCUGGUGCUUGGGAACUCUGAUGGCUUGUGGGUAAUAUUUGGUGUUUUGAAAUACCAAAUGAAACCCAGUAAAGAUAACAACAUUGUUUUUUGUUGUGUGGAUGAACUUAAAAAGAUAGGCUCUUAGCACUUAAACAAUUUAUUUUCUGGAAAAUAUUACAAUGUCUUGUAUCUUGACCAAAUAUUUUUGACCUCAAUGCUACAUCUAUUUGUGUAAAGAUACUAACUUGAAUUUUUAUUGUUGAUUUCACAGAUUGAGAUAUGUUAAAUUUACUUCACCACAGAUUCAUUUUUCUCAGUGUACUCAGUCUGUAAGUACAUGUUAGCGUGGUGAAGUACGUUAAUUACACAGCAGUGAUUUUGUUCCCAUAGUGACUGAAGUCAAACCAUUGUUUCAGUCUUGAAAACAACAGUGCAUGCCUUGCUGAAACGUUUUUGAUAAUGUGUACUUUUUGUUGAGUCAUCACAGAGAGAGAGGUUUUAAAAUUUUUAAUAAAUGUGUUGGCAUAUUUUUAUUAACAUUAUUAUAUAUUUUUUUAAUCUUUGAUCAUUUUUCUAUGUAGAUAAUUAUGACGGCAUCUAAAAAAUACUAUUCCAGCAAUUUAAUAAAAAAAUUUGGCAAAUACAUAUUUUAUAUUAAUUCAGUACACACAGAGUGAUC